AUGUUCACUUUCAAGUCUUUACGCCUUGACUACGGCCAAGAAACAGCAAAGUUGGCGAAGCGUUACGUCAAUGUGAUUCGCAGCAUUUCAAUCUUCAAAACCCACCUCCAAUUUACGACCAACUGCCGAGACAUGGACUUGAUCCCCCGAAGCCUACGCAUCAGACGUCUCGUCCACACUGCGGAGGGACAGAAUAUUUUGGCACAAGCCGAACGCCGUUUGGUAAUUGCCCGGAUCCACGAGUGCAGGUCAACAUUGAGAAGAAAAGAUCUUGAUCUCUUUUUCAUUCGUCGGCAACUCGAACAUCGCAUCCCGGACUUAUUUCAUUCGCUGGACUUGUUUGCCAGGACUUGUGCCUCCACUGUGGCAAAAAAACAGCGGAUAUCUCAGGACCGAAAACUUACGUCGCUAACGAAGGCAGACAGGACGCAGCCCAGCGCCGACGUCGCCAGAUUUGUAAAAAACAUCUCUUCGAGACAGCUCUCACCCAACGAGACAAGUGUGCUGGCGAAAGGUCACGGCUUCAACCUUACAACGGCACGACCACCUCUGGCAAAGAUGGUCGCAGCUGUCGAAGACGGUAUAAGACACCUGGAUUCCAGCAUUCAAGAACAAGUAAGACUGAAAGCGAUUGGAAUUAUGUCAAAAAUCCAAAAACAGCAAUGUCACAACAUAACCAGGGAAGAGCAUAAAGCACUUCGAAGCCUCCAGGAAGACUCGAAGAUUGUCAUUCUGCCUGCUGACAAGGGAAAUUCAACGGUCGUCCUAGACCGGCAGGACUACGAUGGCAAAAUCCGAGACCUCCUUGACAACAGUACGUAUGAAAAUCUCAAAAAAGACCCGACAUCGCAGAUUCAGACUAAGCUUAAUAAGAUACUUGCUGAUAUAUUCAAGAAAUACCCAGAUGCAAGAGCCCUCUACUUACGACUUAUCUGCAGGAACGGUAACGCGCCUGGUUUCUAUGGUGUCCCUAAGAUCCACAAGCCCGGUAUCCCACUUCGCCCCAUUGUAGACUUCAGAUCGUCCCCUCUUCGGGCGUUGUCCUGCUACCUACACAAGGUUUUAUCCCCGCUCACCGGAAACACCCCAACUCAUGUACGAAACUCUGCCCACUUCGUGGAGCGCGUCUCACCACUCAUCAUCAGCGCUGACGAGUGCCUCGUUUCGUUUGACGUUGUGUCUCUCUUCACGAACGUGCCGGUCCCACUGGCAGUGGACGCUGCCAGGAUGGCACUUGAGAGGGACAACGACCUGGCGACUAGAACCCACCUCAGUGUUCACGAAGUGUGCCGCCUCCUAGAUUUCUGCCUCAGCGGAACGUACUUCUCAUUCAACGGAGAGUACUACAAGCAGACUACCGGAACAGCAAUGGGUGCGUCAAUAUCUGUAACCGCAGCGAACUUGGUGAUGAAAUCAAUUGAAGAAAGUGCCCUGCAAUCCCCCGAUAUUAAACCGAAAACAUUCUUACGGUACGUAGACGAUUGCUUCUGUAUUUUGAAGAAUUCCGAUGUUGACGAGUUUUUGGCACGCCUAAACCGCAUCGAGCCAUCCAUCCAGUUUACCGUGGAACUCGAGAGGGACAACGUUUUGCCUUUUCUCGAUGUACUCGUAAAGAGAGAAGCAAGUGACCUAAAGUUCACCGUGUACAGGAAGCCCACUCAUACGGGACGAUAUCUAAGCUGCACUAAUGUACUUGUCCCAGCGUUUCACGAGGGCUUGGAUGCCAGCAGCGUAGAAACCCUUACCGGCGCGCAGCAGCCAUGGUCGGACAGCAUUCUUGACCUCGUCGUCGCAGCUGAAGUGGCGACCCCCAAGGAACGCCUUCAGUGGCCCGAAGAGAUGGAAAUCGCUGGAGGCGAGUUCUGCACUGCAAGGGGGAUGUGGCAGCAACUCCCAGCCAAGUUCCUGUAA